AUGUCUUCAUGUAAUUUAGCGGCUAUGGUGUGUUUUAGUGUUUCUUGCUGACAGAAGGGUGCGUAUGUCAUUCGGUGUAAGCAGGUGCACGUGAGGAGACCGUCUGCUAGACGGAUCAGUGGCUAGGUAUACGGGUUUCCUCGUGACCGUUCCCCGGGUAGUUUUGAAAAAUCUUUAUUUUAACAUUAAAAUCAUAUUUAGUUCCGUGUGAUUAUGUUCCAUAGACCAAACGACUACCGGACCUUAUAAUGUUUACUGUAUUUCGCAUGUUACUCAUGCUGAUCCAUUUUUCAUGUGACUUAUUUGCCGCGUUUUAUAAUUACUGUAUGAUCCUUCAUCGUAAGUGCAUCGAAAUUUGGUACAAUGAGAAUUUAAGGACAGAGACUGACAUGUUAACGCGUGCUGCGAAGAGAAUGAAAAAUCUACCAAGGCACGUAGUGAUCAUUUUCGGCGCGAAGGAGGACACUAUCUAUGACUGCGUGCGAAUUAUCGGAUGGUGUAUUACCUUUGGUAUACCUUACAUCAGUUUCUUUGACAUCAGUGGUUUUUUAGUCCAAAAUGAAAAUUUAUUAAAAUACGAACUCGCAAAAAGACGUCCUGAUUUAGUGGAGCAUAUCAGUUGGAGUAAACCAAAUGCAGGGUUCACACAAAAUGGAAUAACCCAUUCCAAACCGAAAACACGGAUAUCUUUGUUGUGUCCAUUAGAUGGAAAACAGGAAAUAGUAUCAUUAACAAAAACAUUAGCUGAAGCUGUUGUCACUGGAACAAUUAAGCCAGAAGAAAUAGAUAUUGAUUUACUUAAUGAAAAAUUAAAUUCACGGGGAAUUCCAGACCCUGAUAUGGGAGUAAUUUAUGGCCGCUUUUGUUCCACGUAUGGUGUUUUGCCAUGGCAAACACGAAUAACAGAAUUCUACACGUUACCUUUACAUAAUACUUUAUCUGCAAAGGAUUUCACGUAUCUGUUGGAAAAGUACAGUAAAUGCGAGCAACGAUACGGCAAAUAACUGGAAUUGUUGUUGUUCAUUUGUAUAAUGCUUUUAUAUCCAAAACUAAGAAGAAGAAAAUAUGAAACAAGAAAUAGCUCUUAAGGAGAUUUUUUACAAAGACUGAACAUAAAAUAAUUUACAGAUACUAUUUUAUAAGUGGUUGCGUGGUAAAUAAACUUAUAAUGACCACAUGUGUGACAUAAGUGUCGUUCCGUGAGCCGAUUUUAACGUGUACCAAUAAGGAGGAAUUUAGGUAGCUUAACUUGAAGAGAUUCUCAUGAAUGUGAAGACAAGAUUCCACAGAAUGUUGCAAAAAUGAAAGAUUUUAAUUGUAUUUUUAAUUAUGCGAAAUACAAUAAUUGUCCUGCCAUAAGAUAAUACUAUAAAAAAAAGAAGAAAAAAAUUAAGGUGGUGAUAUUUUCAUUUUUUCUUAAUUAAAGAUUUUCAUUAAUUAAAAAUUUUGUUUUUAAUAUACUAGAAAUAAUAUAAUAAUGCUAUUUAAGGAAUAAUUUUGAAGGAUUCAAAACACAACACAAAAAGGAGUGAUAGAUAGCUUAUUAAAUGAUUAUAUUAAGUGAUAAGGAUAAAAUUUUAAAAAAGGAAAUACAUUGGUUUGAACCGAAGUACAAAUAAAUUAAGGUUGCUAAAAUAAAAUUUUAGUGCACCAUUUAAAGUUUAAUUAAUACAUUCUUUUUUAAUUAUUCUUCUUUAAUUCCUUUCUCAACUUUAUAUUUUCUACAGAAUAAAAAUUAGGAGCAUUCGCAAACAAAACUAAAUUCUUGGCAAAUAUUGCAUUUCAUUUAGAAACACAGUAACAUUCCAUGUAUAUAACCAUGUACAAUCAUUUAUUCUUAAAAUGAUCGUACACAGAUAUUUUGAUAUUAAAGUGAAAAUGAAAUUUUUACUUUGGUCUGUGGUAUAUUUCUCGUGAAAAAUCGCCUAUUGUGGAAUCAAAUUCCUAAAAUACAAAAUAUAGUUCGUUUUUGCACAAACAUAUGUUGCUUACUUGACAAUCCUUUCUAUUCCUUGAUGCUUUUAGAAACUAAUUGAAUUAUAAAGAAUAAUAUUAAAUAUUAGAGCCAGAAAUGAUAUUUAAUUUUUUAUUAAAUAUUUCACUUUUUUUUAAAGUCAGAGAGUUUAAUUCCUUGGAACUUAAGAAAUCGAAAUGAUUAAUUGAAUAAUGAGGAUUAAAAUCAUUCUUUCAGCUGAUUUUUAUGAUUUAUCAUCGAUGUCAUCCACAAAUAUGAGAUUUUCAGUAGACCUCAUUCGUGGCCCCUUCUUGUUAGUUUGUAGACUUAACAUCGGAUUAUAUACUUUCAGAGUCAGUCCUGCUUUUUCGUACGUAUAGCAAGCACAAUGGUUGUAGGUGAGCGAGGAAACAAACAUUUUUCAAGAUAAGGCGCGCUAUAUUGUACUUAGAUACGUUGCACACCUACAGAGGAGAGGGAAGGAAUAAAAAGGACAAUAAGAAAGAACGACGAGAAUAAGAAUCGGUUAACUUUUCUGGAGACACAACCACGUCGCUGAGAAUUACGUUUGAAUACUUUAAAGUUCAACCUCAAGUCGAGGUUGACAAUAGUUGCGCAUUACUGGAAGUCGUCGCGUCGUUGUACUUAUGCCUCUAGAAAGUCUAGCCAGAAGUUAUGUCAAUGAUACGUAAAGUUGAUACGCAAAUUUCAUCCAAUGCCAACAAUGACAUAAUUUGUAAGAGUUUAAUUUAUUUUCGAAAUAUUUUUCUCCUGUGCCUCCUUUCCAUUUCUACAGCUAUUUAUUUAUAUGUUACAUUAGAUUUAUUUUAUCCGAAGAUAAUAGAGGAAUCAAUUUUGCGAAAAUAAUGCUCAAUUUUAAAAUAUGUGAUUUUAAAAUGAUUUUUUUUCCUUUUCUAAAAUAUGCAUCCACUCUUUUUCUAGAGAAAAGAUUUUUUAACUUUUCAAAAUUUCUAUUACUGUAGAUUUAUUAUUUUACAGCAUAUGUAAGAAAACAGAUUUAUGGUUAAUUGAAAUUAAAUGCGUCCUUGUCAUGUUUUCCAUCUCCAGAACUAAUGGAAGGCGGCUAAAAACAUUUAGAGACACGUACAUAUAUCGAACGCGGAGGAAAUAUUUGCACCUGUGUCACGAUUGUUGUACGAUGGGAAACAAGUGACCCAGAUUUGCCUUCAGAAAACAAGUGUCUCUACCUGUUACACUUCAUCUUCGAUUCAUAAAAGACUCCGUUUCAUUUGGUAAAAAAAUAUAAUAUAUACAUGAGAUACGUACUAUUUCUUGGUUUACGUUCUUUUUCAUCUUUUUCUUCCAUUUGAGAGUCAUAUUAAUUAUUGUAGUAAAAAGAAUUACGAAUGCUCUUCCAACAAGAAGAUCGAAAAAUUGUUUUAAAAAAGGAUAAAGAGAAAGAAGUGCUUCUUCGCAAACAGAAACUUUAGAAAAAAAAGAACUUGAUGAAAUUAGUUAUUUAGAAUUUUACUAAUUUUAACUUUUUUGAUUUUUACCGAUGAAAACAAUUCUUAAAGUUAAUUGUAAGUAAAACCGAAGUAUAUUUAAAAAAAAAGAAUUUAAGGUGUUACAUUAAGAUAUUAUAGAAGUAGUGAUAAUCGAUAAAAAGCGUGGUACGAAUGAAAAACAAAUACGAAACAAAUGAUGAAAAGCAAAUAAACUUGUGAGAGAACGAGAGAGAGAGAGAGAGAGAGAG